AACGUCUGUACGUGCGCAAAUGUUUUCCAAGCGUGGAUAGCGUCAUCGCGGUAAGGAUGUGGGGAAUUCCCGUGAUUUAAACAACAACACAUAAACCUAAGACUAGACAUCAAGACUUCAAGACAACGCCGGUUCAUCGUCAACAUGUUUGUUGGGAACUCACUUAUCGUGCCAGCGCUGUUCCUGCUCUCUGGUUCACUCUGUGGUGCCUCAGUGGUGGAUCCUGUUCCCACCUUUGACCACCGAGACCCGGUAACCGAAGAAAUCCUCAAAUGUCCCAAGUGUCCACCGGGCACGUUCAUGUCUGCACAUUGCACUGCCACCACACCCACACAGUGUCAGCCGUGCAAAAAUGGCCACUUCACCGAUCUGUGGAACUACAUGCCCAGGUGUCUGUACUGCAACAACCUUUGCACAGGUAACCUGGAGGUGGAAACAGAGUGCUCCCCGACAACCAACAGGAUCUGUCGGUGCAAAGAAGGCUUUUACUCGGCUGAUGACUUCUGUAUCCGGCACACAGAGUGUGGCCCCGGAUACGGGGUUCAAACUAAAGGUACAGUAUUCAUUUAUUAA